AUGUCGUGGAUGGACUCAUGGUCUCGGCCAAAGAAGAAUGCUGCUACUCCCNCUCCGCUGUACUUGACCUCGGAUCAAGUACGCUAUUGCCAUACGUGUGGCAGAGUUAUCGUGACCCAAACACAAAUAUACAGAGUCAAGACUGACCAACCCCUUCAGNGCUCCAGAAAAUCAAAUUCGGCGAAAACAGCAGCUACAGAAGUGAAAUUUUGCUCAGACCGCUGCAAGAGGCACAAACUACGACCAGCCGACAAACGCAUCGAGGCCGCCUUUGCCGCCCUUCUCGAUGGCCAGGAUGCUUCCCAAUUCGCUGCCGUGCAAGGUGACUCCUCAGCACCUGGAGAAGAAAUCUCCAAAACUAUAUCUAAUCAAGACAAUGGCGAAAAGCCACACGACAAGUACGACUACAGCAAAAGCAGGAAGAAGCAGCAAAAGGUCAAAGGCGAUCCGAGGAUCCUUGUGUCUUGCAGCGAGGUAGAGACUCUGAUCUACGGAUCCCGCGAAGACCCGGAAAAGACGUUUGGACGCAAAAAGAACAGGGCCAGGCGUGGUGUUGCUGAUGAUGAUGUUUGGAAGAGCAUCGAUAUGGUGGAUUCAGAUACCGAUACUGGAACUGCAGAGACCGCUUCUGCAGACGAGGACGCCAUGGACAGCGGCGGCGCCAAAAUUGUGGAUAAUAGAGGUGUUCCUCUGGCUGAGGCUCUCGAGGGCGAUGCGGAUGCCGACGUGGUAAAAAUCAAAGGCCGCGUGCGACCUCCCCAGUCAGAAUCUGAUGUCAACGGUUCGGUGGGCGGAGAAAAGGGAUGGGCAGAACGAAUCAACGAGACACCCGAGAUGCUGCAGAAACGAAGAGAGGGACAGAGAAGAGCAGAGGAAAAGGAGAUGGUCAAGUGUGCCGCCAGAAGAGCUGUGGUCUUUGGUCUUGAGAGCAGCAGAGCGCUUACCGGGGAGGCAAAGAAGGGAAAGAAAGCAAAGGACGAUGAGGAUGGAGAAGUCAAGCAGGAAGGAAGAAGGAUGUGUGAGGCUGUCAUGCACGGAGCUGUCGUUGAACCAUCAUACGCUAAAGGAGACUGGUCUAUCAGAUGGCGAGAAGAGUGA